AUGGAGAUGGACCUUCAAAAAACGAAGGAGGCCCGCCGGGAUGCGCCGGGCAAGCAGGAGGAAAGCGCUGACUGUCCGUUGGAAGCCUAUGGAGGAAGCGGCCAUACGAAGGAGUCCCCCAAGAACGAUUCGUUAGAUCAUCGCGAUGCGAACGAGCGUCCUGAUCCUGCAGACGCGCGCCAACAACGGCACUCGGGCAGUUCUACUUACCGGGAAGAUGUGUCGUCGCAGUCUCCCCCGGCAACAACGCUACUGGCGCCCGCCAGACCAUCAUCUCCAUCGUCGAAAACCCUUGACAUUCCGACAGCGCUCGAGCUCCGUCCCGAGGAGCAUAGGCUGCUGUUAACCGCCAAGCGCUAUCCCCCGGUAACGAAAAGCACGCUGAGCGAGCUGGAUCUCCCAUGCAUCAUGAGCAACAUCAAUCUCCGGAUGGAUGCGAACUUCGACCGGGACCUGCAUUUCAAGCCUGACCUCGACGGGGAGAAAGGAAGGCGGAAGCGGAAAGAGGCGGCGGAUUACUGGGAGGCCAUGGCCGUGGAGAUUUCGAUCUACGCGUUCUAUUCGUCGCCCGAAGCUGCCGGCCUGGCCGCGGAUGCGCGGACCGACCAGCGACAGGUCUUCGAGCCCCGACUCCCGGCCAUGUUCGACACCUUGCAGGAUGUGUUGAAGACGCUGGUGCCGGAACGCGAUCAUCCGGGGGUGGUGCAGAACCUGGAGGUACCGCUACUCAUGCAGCAGAUCCAGAAAGGGGUGCUGGAUAUGGUUCGGGUGGCCGCCUGGCUGGCAGGGCUGCUCAAGACCCAUUGCGCCCCGAUGCGGGAUGAAUGGGCGGAUCGGAUGGUGGAGCAGAUCCGGUCCGGGUCGCAGUCGCAGAAUCCGAUGGAGAUCGUCGGCGGCCUCCAGACGUUGUUCGCGAUCCUGGAGGCCAUGAAAUUGGACGUUGCGAACCACCAGAUCCGCGCCUUUCGGGUGCUGCUGAUUGAGGACACUGUUCCGUUCUUGCGGGAGUAUUUCCGGGGAAAGAUUGAGAGGGACAACUUCCGGGUCGACUCCUCGCGACUUUGGUAUCUGGAGACCCGGGAGCGCGAAUUGCGACAGAUGGACAAGCCCGCACAGACGGACGCAUUCUGGCCGAUUUCGGUGCUGUUUCAGGGAGUGUCCGACUUGUUACUCCAGUUUCACACCCCCGAUUCCUUUCCGGAAACCUUUGUGUUCGACUCGGACCGCCUGUGGCAGCUCCGGACCUGUCUUCAGAACCUGAUCAACCUGGACAUCUGCUGGUUCAUCUUUGAGUCCUACAUCCACACGCAGAAACGAUACCUGUCGGCCCCCGCACAGACGUACGCCACCUUCCGGUCACGCAUUGGCUCGUUGAUGGAGGAGAACGAGGACUGCCCGCGGGGCUCGGCGCAGUGGGUGCAGAACGUGCGGUGCAUCGGGCUGGAGAUCGCUCGGUUCGCGUGUGCCGCCUGCUGCAGCGAUGGCAGCACGGUCUCGGAUGAGGUGAUCACGCAGAUCGAAAGCGCGCUGGAGUGGCACCUGUCGAACGAAUCGGGGCUGUUCCAGUACUUCCAGGCGGCGCUGCGCGAGAAGUUGCUGGCGGCGACGUUCGCGGUGGCGAAGAAGUACCUGAACAUGUCGCCGUUGGCGAUCUGCGAGUCGCAGCGCAACUUCCCGCACACGGCGCCCACCCUGCUGGGCCAUCCCCAGCACUAUGACGUCGAGCGCAUCUCGAUGCGGCUGGCGCAUAUGGGGGUGCUACACUGGCGGGUGUGGGCGCCGAUUCUGUAUGUGCGCGAGAGCGUGUCACCGACUGACGUGGCAAUGAUCCCGUCGAACGAGGGUUAUGACGUGGCACGUUCCGCGACUCUUUGA